GGCGGCUCUGAGACCAGGCGCGGACAGAUCCAGCCCGCAUCGCUGCUCGGUCCAGUCGGGCGGCGGCGGCCCGCGCGGCGUAGACAUGCAGCGGCUGUACCUGCUGCUGUUGGUGGUGGUCCCCACCGCCCCCGCGCCCACGCCGACGGCGACUUCAACCCCAGUACAGUCUGGCCCCGCACUCAGCUACCCGCAAGAGGAGGCCACCCUUAACGAGAUGUUCCGCGAGGUUGAGGAGCUGAUGGAGGACACGCAGCACAAACUGCGCAGCGCGGUGGAGGAGAUGGAGGCAGAAGAAGCUGCUGCUAAAACGUCAUCAGAAGUGAACCUGGCAAGAUUUCCUGCCAGCUAUCAUAAUGAAACCAACACGGACACCAAGAUUGGAAAUAAUACUGUCCAUGUGCACCGAGAAAUUCACAAGAUAACCAACAACCAGACUGGACAGAUGGUCUUUUCAGAGACAGUGAUUACAUCGGUGGGGGAUGAAGACAGCAAAAGGAGCCACGAAUGCAUCAUUGAUGAGGACUGUGGACCCACCAGGUACUGCCAGUUCGCCAGCUUCCAGUAUACCUGCCAGCCAUGCCGGAACCAGCAGAUGCUCUGCACUCGGGACAGUGAGUGCUGUGGAGACCAACUGUGUGUCUGGGGUCACUGCACCAAAAAGGCCACCAGAGGUAGCAACGGGACCAUCUGCGAUAACCAGAGGGACUGCCUGCCUGGGCUGUGCUGUGCCUUCCAGAGAGGCCUGCUAUUUCCCGUGUGCACACCCUUGCCUGUGGAAGGUGAGCUCUGCCAUGAUCCUGCCAGCCGGCUGCUGGACCUCAUCACCUGGGAGCUGGAGCCUGAUGGAGCUUUGGGUCGAUGUCCGUGUUCCAGUGGCCUCCUCUGCCAGCCACAUAGCCACAGCCUAGUGUACGUGUGCAAGCCGGCCUUUGAUGGCAGCCGCAACCAAGAUGAGGAGAGCCUGAUGCCCAGGGGCCCUAUCGAGUACGAAGAUGGAGACAUCAUGGAGGCGGUACGCCAAGACCUGGAGGACCUGGAGAGGAGCCUGGCCCAGGAGAUCAUGGUCGGGGAGCCCACCACUGAGCUGCUAGGGGGAGAUUUUUUAGACCCAGACCUGCACCGUGGGUAGAUGUGCAAUAGAAAUGGCUAAUUUAUUUCCCCAGGUGUGUCCCCUAGGUGUGGGCUGGCUAAGCUUUCCACAUGUCCCCUUUCAAGUAAGUUCUCCCUCCAGCUUGAUAAAGUAAAGUACUAUGUGUUUGUCCCAAUGCCCGAGCUCCAUGUACCACCGCUCUAGAGAGACAGAGUGUCGCAGGGGGAGGCCUGAGCCAAGCUGCCCCAUGUCGUUGGCCCCUUUGCCUCUAGGAUUGGCAGACCUUAUAUUUUGUUCUACAUGGAUUUGAGAUGUGUUUGAAAGUAGGGGGUAAGGAGUGAGGUGGAGGCUGCGCACGAUGAGUUUUGGGGAAAUACAGAGAGGGUGCCUGCUUUGCAAAUGUCAUCCUGGCAGAAUUGCAGCACCUGACAUUUCCUGCUUCUUCCCAUGGACAGAGGUGGCUGCUGCAGAUGAGUUGUGCUGUGCACUUGCUUUUUCAUGCUUUCACCCCCAGCUGUUUCACUCAGCUACCUCGCUGUCACGACAGCAUGUCAUAUUCACCAUCCGCUCACUCACCACGCCUGGGGAGGGGGCGCUUCUGUCUGAUAAGGACCUUGGAGGCUCAGAGAACACAAGCUGCCCGCCCAAGUUACAUAGCUAGUGAAGACCAGGUGAGUCACCCAGGUGUGACUCUAAGCUCAGUGUUUUCCAUAUAUCCCACAUUUGCUUCAGUGCCACCAACAGUACCCUCAAAACGAGGGAGAAUGAAAGUUUUUCUUUUGAGGCAUGCCUGGAAUUGGGGUCAAACUACUUCCCGUAAUCUUCUGAGAUUAAGCUUCUAUUACUAGAAAAUAGCAGCGUGGGGUGGCCAGUAUUCUCAUGGAUACCAAUGGUGUGGACAUCUCUCUCCCCUUUGACAUUUGCAUUAGUAACGUUGAAGGCAUAUGGUUGGAGCAUAGUAUAAAAGUUAACUUGCAGAAAACAUGCUUGGGUAAUUGUAAGGCCAGAAUUAUAGAUGAAAUUUGCAAAAUCACUUAGCAGCAACUGAAGACCAUUAGUCACCACAUAGAAAGUGAAACCAAGCCAGACUAUGAAAUAUGGCUGUAACAUCCAAACCAAGAACCCUGCACUGGCUGUUGUCCCACGGAAUAUUUUCAGGUGCCAGACAUUGUUUCCAUUGUGUAUUGGCCUAGAGUUAUUAAAGUUGCACACAAUUGUAUAAGCAUGCUUUCUUUGGGUUUUAAAUCAUGUAUAAACACACGCUGUAUUUAAAAAUCAGGCAUAAAUCACUCGGAUCACUCUCCUGUAGUUCUUGGACUUCCUUUCUCCUUCUGACUUUGAAUAAAUGUAAAACCCUUUCAGCCAGAAAAAAAUAAUAAAAUAGAAAUGACCAGUAUUGUUAAAAAUUUUUUUUUCCA